AAUGCACACUUUUUUGCAUGGCUGAUUACAGACGUGUAGCUUAAUUUGGAAGACAAACAUUUAUUGAGUUUAUUUUUUUCUGUGGAGUUAUCGCAAAUUUUUUUUUUCGGCUAUUUUCCUGAAUUGUUGAUCCCGUACCCGACAUAACAGUGAGUCUAGCCCGUGACCUGAAGAUGGAGGCUCGUCAUUGGUGGAUUGCCUCCAAGAUACAGGACACCUUCUCAAUUGGGGGAACCACAAACCCCGCUGGACUGGAGGAGUACAUAUGUGAGCCAGAGACCCUAGAUUUGAUCAACGAGUUAUUCCUCGCGGGAGGGCAGCGCAGGUUGUUCUUCUACGUGGAAAGAGAAAAAGGAACCCCAGAUGGUAUUGUGUUGGAGUUGACACAGUUGAGAUACACCACUAGUCUAUUGGAGUGCAAGGACGUGAAGAGCUACGACACUCCCAUCCUCUACUUUAUCCGACCAGAUCUCAGCAGAGAUGUGGAUGCGACCAGAUUCGAAAGAGACAUACUCACAGGAGUGGUUGUGGGAGAUCCGGCGCUGUGCUUCGCAGAGAGUAUGCGCUACGUUUUUCUGCCCCAACUGCGCCAGCAGAGGGACUGGGGCAGAUGUCCCCCCGAGAUAGCAGCCCAGACCAUCUCUAAUCUAGAGAAGUACACUCAGCAGAUGUUCGAGACCAUUGAUAUGGCUGCUUCUAGCAACAAUGCUGCAUCAUCACAGAUGCUCAAGAUGACCGAUCAAGUGAAAGACCUCAUAAACCUCGACUUCAAAAAGCUCCGAGAUGCCCACAACGAUCCAGAUUUAGUAGCCGAGUUGGAAUCUCUUGUACAUGAAUGGUGCACAACUCUGGAGGUAGUCUUAUCCGAAGGGGCAGAAGACCGAAGCAAGGACAUGAAUGUGGAUCCAGGCACUGAGAUGGACAAGUGGAAAAGGAGACAGCGUCUGCUAACUCAGACAAUUGACCAAUUGAAACAGAAAGAAUGCAAGACGGUGCUGACUGUGCUUAACAGUGCAAAGUCCAAGACUAUGAAGAGAUGGCGCCAAUUGGACAACCAAAUCACGGAGUGUUUCAAUGACGCAAAAGACAAGGGCAAGUACCUGGAAGCGCUGAAUAGGUUCUUCACCCAGAUGAGUAUUGGGACCACCUCGCCCCUGGAAAUGGUGGAAACUUUGGUGCCCCAGCUGUUUCAGCACAUCAAGAACCUAGAGAGUCUCUCGAAAUACCACGCCAAGACUGGAUUCCUAGGACUGGUCAUAUUCCAGCUCUCGAAUUUGCUGGUUUCCAAAAUGAUCAGCUUCAUCAGUCAAGUUUGCACCUCAGACGGAAACGACUUCUAUGUAAAACAGUCUCUGAAAGAAGUUCGGGACGGCCUAACCAUGAAAAACGAAGCAUCAUCCGACCCUCCCUCAAUCUAUUCGCGACUUCUUUUCUGCAACGCUUUGUGCGAGAAAUUCAGGGAGCAAGUUCGAAAAUUAAGAGUAAGUCUAAAUGUCGUGCAAACUGUGGUCAUUCACACUGAAGAAUCCAGUUUGUCCAUGGCGUCCACUUCCAAUGCUGUAAUGGGGCAGUGUUCGGCUGUUCGAGGUGUCGGCGAACCGAACGCGAAAGAAGUUUCGGACCAUUCGGGAAUUGCGAUUAAUGAUGAUGCGCAGCUGAUGUAUCACAUUGAGCUGUUCUUGGACCGAACAUUCAAAGUUAUUGACGUAAUGAAAACGAUGGCAGAGUACGAGCAUCUUCUGCAGAAUGCACCAGGUGUGCCCCGUCCCCGUCUGGAGGAUGUGAUGGACACGAGUGACGAGAACGAGAUCCGACUCAGGGCCGAGAUCGAAAAGGGCAGAAAAGCCAAACAAGAGUGGAAGGAAAAGACAAGUGCUGCUCACACUGCCGAGCUUCAGUCUCAAAUGGACGUUAUGUCGUACGACUCCGACAACGAGAACGAGCGUCGCAGUCAAUCUCCCACCGGGAGCGACUCGCCAGUAAAUCCGAUGACAAGUGAAGCUCCAGGAUUUGUCGUCGAAGAGCCGAGUGAAGAAUCAUCACGCGCUGCAAGUGAAGCAAGCCAACGAGUGUUCACGCAACGACAGUCGGAGCUGGAGAUAUCAGCCGCACCGUUCGGAGCCGACGUGGCUUUUGACAUCGAUGAUUCGCCUCGGAAAAAUGCGAUUGAGGCACGGAGGACUUUGAGGAAGAUUUACAGCAGUUGGGGUGUGAAUAUGAGCAGUGAUGGAUCCAUUGGGCCACCGGGUCCCUCUUUCGAUGAGCUAAUGAGCAGAAGAUAUGAAGAGUUGAAGAACAUUUAUUCGAGUGUUGAGCGAGUGAAACAGGUGCUGGACUUCAAAGGAAAAGACAGAGACAAGUUCGAGAAGCUGCAUUCUGAGUUCCUUGGGAAAAUAAUCGAAAUGGAGAAGAUAGUAUCUGCAUACAUUGUGGCUUUGUUCCUUCGUACCAUGACCACACAAGAGGCUCUGAAACUUCUCGAAAAAUUUGAGCCGAUCCGAAGACGUCCAGGCGUGGAGAUUGCACUGACUGAGGCGUACGAGAUUGUGUUCGGCUUCUACGAGAAAGACAUGAAGGAAAUACAGGUGGCCUACGAACGGGGAAAGGACUCUCCUCCGAUUACCCGUAAUGCGCCGCCAGUGGCUGGUGCGAUCCAAUGGGUGCGACAGUUGAUUGGCAGAAUAGAGAUACCCAUGAUCAUUUUCAGGGGCAACGAGGCCAUCUGCAAAAUGAAAGAGUUCAGUCGUAUCUGCAAGCAGUACAACAAACUGGCCGAAGUGUUGAUCACAUAUGAGACUCUGUACUACUCGCAGUGGAAGACUUCUCUCGAUGCAUCUAACGCCGGACUGCAGCUGAACGUGUUGUCCUACAAACCCAGGGAGACGUCAAUCGUUGUCAACAGCGACGCUGGUGUGUACGAAAUCCUGCAGGAGGCUAAGUUCAUGGCUCGCAUGCAGAUGGACCUGCCGGACUCCGCUAGAAGAAUCCUGAGCAAUGAAAUGCGCUUCAAGAAAUACAAGUCCAGACUCGACAGUCUCAUCUCGGACUUCUACGAGGUCAAGGUUACUAUCCCGCCUGAGAUGGCGAGUCUGUUCAGGCCCCACAUUCAGAUGAUGAUCUCCAUUUUCUCAGCAGGGUGGACCACUAUUUCGUGGAACAGUAUGAAUAUCGACGCUUACCUUUUCAAGGUUCACUCCGCCAUCCAUCGGUUCCGUAAACUCACUCGCAAAGUUCUCAAGCUUGUCGAGACUAGAAUUGAGAAGUCACUUGAGAACAUCGAAGACAUGGUUCUGUUCGACCACAAGCUAGCCUUCGCCCAGUCUUGGAGUCCCGAGAUGUUCUCUGGAACCAUGUUGCACAGUGUCCAGGAGCAGUAUAAGAAGUUGUUCGAACAUAUCAGUGAGAUCAAGAGUGUCAUUCUCGAGAUUGUCCAGGUGUUGUUGACCAGCAGGGUCGAUACAGACAACAAAAAGAGCAACACUACUCUGAAUUUGAAAGAGAACAGAAAUAAGAGGGAGAUGGGCCACCAGUGGGACAGUGAGGACGAGACUGCCUCGGAGACUGGGUCUGACAGAAACAUUGAACUCAGUGAAGACAGCGACAUAGGGGUGAAACGCCUAUUCGCUCACUUUUCACCCCGAGUAUACAAAGCGAUCUCUGCAGCUGUUGUCGAGUCACUCCUAGUCCUCUCGAACGGAUGUGGAACCUCGCAAGAACUCAGACAACCCCCUUUGACCCCUUCGCGACCCGCCAGUGUUCCACGAUCGGCUGGGUCCAGUCGCCAUUGGCCUCCGAACCCCUCUCCGGCGCCUUCGUCAUCUAAGGGAUCUCAAAUGGGUGGAAGAAAUGAAGACUCGAUGACCCCAUUGAGCACCUUGAUGAGCUCAACCUGGAAUGUCAAAGAUAUCGAUCUCAAUCUGCUAAGAUUUGACGUGGACCUGACUUUCUCCAUUCCUUCUUACACAGUUUUGCCCAGUCUGGUCGUAGUGCAGGACUGCAUCAAGGAACUGGCCUCUUCCAUACUCGAAACAGGAAAGACUGUGAAGCGAUGGGAUGACUUCGACGGAACCUACUUCGCCGACCUUACUCGAGAACCCGAAGUGCAGGAUGCCCUGUCGGACAUCAAUGACGUCAUAAGCGAGAUCCAGAUCUCUCUUGAUAGGCAUCUGAAGCACUUCACUCUCUAUGACUUCUUGUGGAAGGAUGACAUGAGAGCUAACUUCAAGGAAUUCAUGGAGUCUGGUCCCCACACGUAUAGGCUGCAAGGGGAGGUGCAGAGGAUGUGCGAUUUUCAGAAGGCCGUCGAUGACAUACCAUUGAAAAUCCAAGUUGGUCCAAUAUGCCUCAACUCCAUUCCUGUCAAAAACACCCUUCUUGGGUUCACCUCAGCCUGGAAGACGCAAUACGCAGACGUUCUCCACUCAGAGGCUAAAAUGGAACUGGACAAGGCUGUCGCUUACCAAGCAGAGGCAGUGGCUCAGAUAUCAGAUGACGUGUCUGGUCUGGGUCAGCUGAAUGAGGCCCUUAGGAAACUCCGGGAGGUUUAUGACAUGGUGAACAGGAUUGAUUCGAUCUAUCUUCCAAUUGAAAACAAAUAUGCCAUGCUGAGGAGUUUUGGCGUGCACCUUCCGCGAGACGAAGUGCACAACGUGGAGUCUCUGAGGUCCAACUGGCAACACCUGGUGCUGAAGGCGGACAAAGUGCAGGACAAGCUGAUGAGAGAAGAGCGGAACAUAUUUGAACAGGAACUAGACAAACAGAUCAUGGACUUCGUUGUGGACGUUAAUCAGCUUCGAAGCAGCUUCGAAACGCAGGGACCUGGAGUUCCAGGAAUUGAGCCGAUGGAGGCAGUCAAGCGUCUGGAGCAUUUCGAUCAAGUGUUUCUGGAAUUCGAUGAAAAGCGGAGGACCCUCGAUUCCAUUCAGAGAAUCUUCUCAUACGACGCUGAAAGGUUUAAGAGCUUUCCUGACCUUGACAAAACUGGACAGGAACUGCGUCUCAUGGACAGCCUGUAUGAGCUCUACCAGAACUUCCUCCACUUUGACUGGUCCUUCAAAGAGACUCUUUGGAGUGACGUCAUUCUUGAUACGUGUGAACAGCAGGUGACAUCAUUCUGCGCCGAGUUCUCCCAACUGCCCGAUGGACUGGUAGAUUAUGAUUCGUACCAUAAUCUGAAACAGGCCAUUGAUGAAUAUGUGAAGGUGUUCCCCUUGCUGAAUAAACUAAACCAACGGGAGAUCCGCAACAGACACUGGCUGCAGGUAAUGCAAGUGACAGGGAAAUCAUUCCUACUGGAAGCCAACGUGUUCAAACUCAAAGCACUCCUCGACAUAGGACUGCACGAUAAGAAGGAUGACAUUGAAGAAAUCUGCAACAAUGCUGGACUAGAAUUGGAGUUAGAAAUGAAGCUACGAAUGACGGAGGAGGAAUGGGGCGAACAAGUGUUGAUAGUAGAGCACUACAAACGCAGAGGCAAAGUGUUUCUGAACAAAAACUCAUCCAAGAAAGUUCUAGAACAACUAGAGGAUGCUCAAGCCCUAUUGGCUGGAAUGCUGACGUCUAAGCACAUUGGACCAAUGAGAGAAGAGGCGGCGAUGUGGGCUGAGAAGCUGAAACAUGUGGCUGAGGUUCUGGAGCUGUGGCUUGAAGUUCAGGAUCUGUGGAUGUAUCUGGAAAAUGUGUUCUCCAAUCCAAAAGCUGCUAAGGACCUUCCCCAGGAAGUGAAGAGAUUCGGCAAGGUGGACAAGGGGUGGAUGAAGAUGAUGCAGAAGGCCAGUGAGACGAAGAAUGUGAUCCAGUGCUGCACUUCUGCCUCUGAUGUGCCCAGACAAGUGCUGCUCAGACACACCAAGGAGGAGCUGGAGAUAUGCUUCAAAAGCCUCACAGGUUAUCUUGAUGGAAAGCGUAAAGUGUUCCCUCGCUUCUGCUACGUUUCUGACAACAUGCUCUUUGCCCUUAUCAGCCAACCCCACUCACUGGAGGCAGUGAGACCCUACCUGAGGAACUUGUUCACUUCUCUGAGUGAUCUUCAGCUGACAGGUACUGGGAAACCCCUGGACGAGCAGAUCCAGACGGAGUACGAGGAGAACCACCGCAAACUACAGGCAUCCAUGCACAAUGACGGGACCAGCACUCCUGUCAGUACCUUCUCAGUCUCAGGAGUCGACCUGUCCUCUGUCCAUGGAGGCACCAUCGGAGGAGCUCCCGAGUCCCAGGAAGUCAUGGCAGCAGUGGCCGCAUUCAGUUACGAUGGUGAAAUAGUAGCCCUCCCCCACUCGGUUGAAUUGGCCGAGGGCACUGAUGUAUGGCUGGGCAAGCUCGAGCAUGAAGUAGGAGCUGGGAUCCAUGGGGGAAUUGAGGCUGCGAGUGAAAUUGCACUACAGACGAAUAGUUUCGAGGAAGUUGCAGUGCAUUUCCCCACUCAGGUGGGUCUGGUGGCUCUGAUGAACUACUUCACAGUAGAGGGAGAGGCAGCCAUAACAGACUCCAGACACGACAGAAAGGGAAUCCCGGGAGUCAGACAGAAGUUCCAGUCGGCCAUCCAGCGACUCAUCUCUCUCUGCCUACGUGGAGUAUGGAACAAGGGCGAUGGAAUGCAGGGAAGGGGAGGAGACCAACAACCGCAACAGAUUCCCGAAGCAGAUUUCAUUACGAAGCGACAGAGAACGAGAUUCGAAGCCCUCAUUAUGCUGUCGGUGUACCAUCGAGAACUACUGGACAACCUGGCCUCCCGGAAGGGACUAAAAGAGCUGUACGAUUUCGAAUGGAAGAAAAACAUCCGCGCCUACAUCAGUAAAGAAAACGGAUCAAAUAACCUGCCUCAGAUUGUGAUCAAGAUACUGAACAUGGAAUUUUCAUAUGGAAUGGAGUUCUAUGGGUCUAUUCCUCCGCUGGUCAUUAGACCACAGACUGAAAGAGUCAUUGUAUGCGUCGCGCAGGCUAUCAAAGCGGCAGAGGGUGUGAUCUACUCGGGUGAUGUCAGUUCUGGCAAACAGAAGACAGCCACUGGCAUUGCCCAUCUACUGGCCAGGAAUGUGACUGUACUGGACUGCAACGAUGCUACUCAGCCAGAAGUCAUUUUGAGAAGCAUGCAGGGAAUAGCCGCCGCUGGACACUGGUUGCUAGUGCGCAAUGUAGACCUGCUGGUCGGACACCCCUUUUCAGUGUUCCUGCAGAACUACCUCAUUCUCCAAAAGACGGUGAAGACCCUCAUUGACCAGAGCCCCUCACUUCUUCUGGGCAAACAGGGAACUGAAUUGACUGAGAGAGGAAGUCACACUAGCAGUGACGGAGACGUGGGAUCAGAUGAUGGAAUGGUUGGGGGAAGUCGAACCUCAGUCUACCUCAGCAACGGUCGCAAGGUCCACGUGUCGCCAAGCAUGUUCAUCAUGAGUACCUCCUCCAAACUGCUGAACGAGUUGCCUCCCGAACUAGGAGAGCGAUUCCGCAACGUGGCAAUCACUAUGCCCGAUGUGGGCAUCAUCAUUCGGACCACUGCUUCUGCUCUCGGGUUCCGACAUCCGAAACUGCUCGCCGACAGGAUCAAAAUUGUAUUCGAACUUGUGGACAGCUACUUGAGUGGUAGGAGUGAGAGGGGCAGUGUGAGUGUGCCAAUGCUGCAGCAGGCACUCAGUCUGGCCAAGGACAAGUUCAACCGGAUGAAGGAGUUGUAUCCUGAGUUCGCCAAACAGGGAUACUCCACCACACAGAUGCAACAGAUCGAGGAAUUGGAUCAGUCUGUUCAGCUUCCUAGCCAGUCAAUAGCAGCAAAGUUGAGAACAAAAGCUGCUGUAGCUAAACAAGCGCGUGAGCGAGAGGCGGCGAUUGAGGCACAGAAGUCUCUGCAGAAACUGCUGGGAAAGAAGAGUGUGGUACAGACGCUUCCGAACAAUUCCAAAUUGGAACAUGCAGUGGUCGGAGAUGUAUUGUUGGACAUUUUAUCUCUCAAACUCAAUCAACCAGACAUGCACAUUCUGGGCCUGGUGAUCAGGGACAUCUUCGGGGGUCUUCCUGAUGUGCCACAGGUUACUCUGGCCCCUGCUGCUCUGCAGGAGGAGAUUGAGAGUGUGUGUGAGGCCAAGAACCUGCACAUGUUCCAGCCAUGGGUGGACAAGUGCAUCAGUUUAUACACGGCAUCUCUCACUAAUCACGGAAUGAUUCUUUGCGGCCCAACUGGAUCCGGUAAGAGCUCAACCCUGGCGACUCUAGUGGAUGCCCUGGCGAAACUGGAGUCCCCGAUCUCUUCGGGAAGCAUGAUUUCAGCCGACAACGCCCAGAGCGAACACAGUACAGGCACAACUGCAAUGGGAGCUGUGAGUCACAGACUGGUUCGCAUCAACCCACGUGCUAUUGACAGUCCCUCAAAUAUGUUUGGAUUCUACCAGGGUGCAGAGUGGGUGGAUGGGUUGUUCACAACUAUCCUGAGAAAAGCGAAUAGGCACUCGAACAAGACCUGGAUUUGUCUGGACUCCACAAUUGAGCCUUCAUGGGCCGAGCGAUUCGUAUCCCUUCUAGAGUCUCCCAGUAGCUUCUUCUGUGACAAUGGCGAACAGCUAUUCAUAAGUGAUAACGUCAAACUGGUGUUCGAGACAUGCAGACUCGAUCACGCUUCCCCAUCUAUUACUUCGAAGGCGGCUAUGACGUACUAUUCAGCAGACUGCCUUAAAUGGAAUUCCAUUGUCCACUCUUGGCUUAUUGACAACAUCAAAAACCUCAACGAUAGAAAGUUUCUGGAGAGUGUGUUCAACAAGCUGUUCCCUGCCAUGGCCAAAAAAGUGCUGAGAGAGCUCACCACUCGCAUCCCUGUUUGUGAAAUCGGCUUAGUGACCAACUGUCUCGGAUUCCUCACAACCCUCAUGAAGAACUCAGAUAUCGAACUGGAAGAUUAUGCCAACGUAACGGGAGGUCUUAUCCAUGUGGAGAGGUUGUUCCUCUUCUCUCUGAUUUGGACUUUCGGUGGACUUCUGACGAAGGAGGAGCGCAAACCAAUGAACGACUUGAUCCGAAAUCUAUCCACUGCUCUUCCCGACUUUGACACCGACAACUCGGUGUUCGACUACUUCGUCGACGAGUCUGGCGAGUGGGACCACUGGGGAUCGCGAGUGCCUGAACUUACCCAAUCCGGGGAAAAUCUUGAACCUCUGAAGAAAUUAUAUGUAGAUACUAUAUCCAACCUGCAGGCCCGAGAGUUGAUUCAUUUCGCGUUGCUGGGAGGUCAGCAUGUGAUGGUGUAUGGUCCUCCAAGGAGUGGGAAGACGACGUUGAUUAAUAAUAUUCUGGACGAACAAGAGCUGAACAAUCCCGGAGCCCGCCUUACACGAAGACUUGUCCAAUCCAGCUAUUCUUCUGUCAAACAUCUGAAUGACUUCUUCUCAGAGAGCAUCUGCCACAGACAAGCGAAAUACGGGAUCCAUCUAGUUCCAGGCUUCGUCUACGGAGCCCCGGAGGGCAAGCGUCUCCAGGUGUUUCUCGAUGACGUCAAUCUACCUAGAUGCAACCACUAUGAACCACCUGCCAAUCAACUGCUGAGAACCCUUCUUGACGAAUCCGUCCUUAUGAAAGCGGACAAGCCUUACGAAUGGCGAGUAAUCGAAGACCUCACCAUCGUCACGUCAAUGGUCACGGACCCCAACAUAGACACAGUGAAAAUGAACUCGAAUCUAAGCUCAAACCAGACUGUGCCUUUCAUCUCCGAUAGACUCAUUAGACACUUUUUACCCGUGUUCCUCCCCAGUCCACAGGAAAAAGAAUUGGUGUCUAUUUUCAAAGCUGUGCUCCAGUUUGAAAUCCAGGGAAGCGAGGGUCUGAGUCUGGACGAAGAGAUCCAAGAUGCGAUUGUGAAUGCAUCUGCCUAUGUAGUGAAUGAAGUGUGUAAUGUGUUGAGGAGUUCCUCCACCCCUGGAAGACAGCAUUACGUGUUCUCCAUGUACGAUAUUCUACGAAGCUAUAAGAUGUUGGUGUUUGCGAAGGACGACUUGCGUCAGAGUAGGGAGCUGAUUAGUUCUCUGUGGCUGCAUGAGUUGAGGAGGAGUAUCGAAGACCAGCUGUGUCGCCAGGCAGAUCUCUACUGGUUCAACCACCUCCUCACUCACACUGUUUCCAAGUACUUUGCCGAGCUGGAAGUGAGCGCUGACUGUACCAAACAACUCUUCUCUGCCCUCCCCAUCGAUACUCGAUCGCCCAUCACCCCUUCCCCCUCCGAGGGUCUGUCUAUCAUGGCCCGGCAGUCCAUCAAGUGCGACCUCAGACCCCUGGAUAACUUCGACUCCACCAGGAACUUCCUUCAGUCGCAGUUGAAGGCACACAAUGACGAAUUCGGAGCCACGAAGAUCGACGUGAAGCUGUCGGAUUUCAUCUUGCAGCAGAUCAUUGCAGCUUACAGAGCAUUCACGUUGCCGUCUAAUGGAAACAUGGUGAUUGUCGGAAGUGUCGGUACCAACAUGUCGACGCUACUCAAACUGGUCUGUCGGGUAGCAAGUUUAUCCCAAUUCAAGGUAGACUUCUCCUCUGAAAGUGCAUUCAUGGAUGGACUUCGCUCCAUUGUCCGAAUGACUGGAUCUGAAGGCCGAACUCUCGCAGUAUGCAUCUCGGCUCGCGAUUUGACUCACGACAUGUAUCUUCACACGUUAAAUAGUUUACUGAUUUCGGGUGACUACACGACUCUGUUCUCUACUGAUGAAAUAGAGGGGUUAUACCAGGCACUUGGACCGCAAAUCCGAAGGGAUUUCCCGAACGAGGUGGUGGAUCCGGAGAAGUAUUUUGUUCACAAUGUGACGAAGAAUCUUCACAUGUUCUUCACGUUGCCUCCGAGUCAUUCACUAAUCAACAGAGCAUCCAGGGAGUUUCCUGGGUUCCUGUCGUGCUGUGAGGUGUACUGGGUGAGAGACUGGUCCAGGGAAGUGCUGCAGAACCAGACCAAGUUCUUCGUCUCCCACUCCAAACUCAAGUUCAAACAGCCCCAGAUAAGUGAGAGUGUGGAGAAGUGUCUAGUGGACAUCCACUGGCACAUGCUGUCCUUCUGUGACCAAAUGAAGAUGGUGGGACAACACACGGACAAGAUCACCAUCACCUCCGUCAAGCAGCACCGCAAACAGGGAGAAGUCAACUACAAAACAUCCAGCAAGGAAGUGGACAAUUUACCAUACACGAAGUUGAUUCUGGGAGAGAUGAUGGAUGCCGAGAGUAGAAGUAAGAGCCUGAUAGCCCCUCACGAGGUGUACCACGGAACCAAGAGUUUCCUCACAUUCCUCAACGCAUUUUUACUCAUUUACAACGACAAGAGAGAGAAUUUGGAUGCCAGACUGUCCAAGAUUAAUCGAGCUCUGCAGACGAUGGGGGAUGUUCGUGAUGACAUCUCAAACCUCGAGAUCUCAAUUGGAGAACUGGCCGAAGAGUACCAGCGCAGCACUGAGGAGAGCAACGAACUUUUUGACCUCCUCACCAACAAAUCCACCACUCUGGAACUGGUCAAGGCCAGAUGUGGCAUCACGAAAGGCAGCCUGGCUACCAUGUUGGAACAAGUGGACCAACAGAAUGAAACUACACUCGUAGAUCAGGAUUAUGAUUUACUUAGAGACGACGACGACGAAACUGGCCUUGAGUUCAUGCAGCUGAGGGAGAAGAAUGUUGCUGAGAGAGUGAGUCAGCUCGAUGAAGCAGUGAUGGAUCUGCACCACCAGUUGGACGAAAUCAGGCAGGAGAUGCAGGGACGCAAAGAUAAUGUAUUGAGCUGGCGUCGCAAAGUUGACAAGGAGAGUGGUUGUCUGGACCGAAUCAAGAACUUCCAGACACCUCCUCUGCUGGUGGCAGUGGUCCUGGAAAUGCUCAUGUAUCUGAUUGGAAAGAAGAAGCUGCACGAGAACAAGAUCGAAACAAAGAAUCUAGAUUUCACGUCUUCGAGAAGACAAAAUAACGGAAAGCUGAAACUGCGCGAACUGGCCGAAGAGGGCAAAGUGGACCGACUGGUUUGGAAGACAAUGCAGACCUCUCUGCUAAGUGACCUGAAGAAACUGACUGACCUCAUCCUGGCCAUAGAGUGGGAGGACGGACUGAGCGAUGAUCAGGUGGCCAUCUUGAGGAACUACAUCGGCAAGUGGGCCAACACGGAACCAGGAGUCACCGGGGAGGGGUCUCUGAUUGAUGGACCCAAAGCGAAUGAAAACGGGGAGUUGCUUCUUCCCGACGUAAAAUUACCCAGGGGUAAAAUAGCGUCGCCAACAAAUGACGAAGUGCUCGAGGUGACCAAGAUAGCUCAGUGGAACAAGCGACUGGACUCGCCUGUUGAAGAGGGACUCACAAUAGGCGCUGUUCGCUUCUCAUCCGAAGACGCCGCCUCGCUACUCGCAUUCAUGGUGUCUCUUUUGGAGUACACUGAGCAGUGUGGUCCUCUGAAGGAGACUCUGCGGAACAUAGAGGCCAGGAAGCAGGAAAAGGAGGACAUUCUCAGACUGGACCAAGAGAUGAAACUACUCGAGGAGAAAGAGGCGGAGCAACUGUUGAAGCGUCAGGCUCUCCUGCCACCUGAAAUGGAGGAGGAGAAACAUCUCACAAAAGAAGACCUCCCCGAUCUGGAGAGGAAGAUGCGGGAGGUGCAGCAAGAGUACGACCAGAGUAUCCACGAGAAACACUCGCUCGGGUGCCGACUCAAAGAGAGCAAAGCGCAGUUAGCGUCGCUCAAGGAACUAGUGGCAAAUUUGGGAGAGAUAGAAGGUAGCUGGGAAACAGAGGUGAAUAAGCACUCGCAAGACCAGAUCCUCACCAACUCAGUUUUGGUAGCAGCAUUUCUCACCUACUGCGGACCCCUCAAUCUCGAUCACAGGAACAUGGUGUGUCGCAGAUUGGCGGAGAUAGCUGAACAGAACCAGAUGCCAGAACCGAGCAAUAAGUUGUUCGCCAGUUUGAUCCGACAGCACAACUUGCGUAACUCUGUUGCUGCUGUUUCGCCUGGAGGAGGCAAAAAGCGCGUGAGUCGUCAAUCAUCCGCCGGUUCCAAUAUAGGAGCGCCACCUGACAUAACACUGGCCUCUCCUCAAUCUCCAGGAUUCAAAUCAGGAGUAGGAAGAGCUGCGGGCGACGCCACGAAAGACGAUAGCCGAACCGCUUCAAAACCACCGUCAUUGUCGGCCAGUCACGCCAAUCUGGAUUUGUUACAUAAUCAGUCGACGCUGACGAUUGGUGCCGCUUUGAACCAGAACGAACAAUUGACGCAGAGCAAGUCUAGACAGGAAUCCAGGGCAGCCAGCUCCGUGUUCAGUCUGGACGAAAAUGACAUGGAGAUGACCCCGCUAUCGUUUCUGUUAGAUGAGAAUGGACUGCAAAGAGAAGAGAACAAAGGAGUUUUGUUGACCAGAAGCACUGCCGACAAUCUAGCCGUUGCUCUGCAGAAAGAACCCUCCAAUGAAAGAUGGCUGCUCCUCUCAGAUCCAACAGGAUAUGCAGUCCAGUGGAUCCAGACAGUGAUCAACGACCCAGACAACGUAGUAGUCGUGUCUCAUGAUGAGAUGAAGAUGGAGUUGUUCCAUGCCCUGAUGAAUGGGUCCACUCUGCUGGUCACUGAUGUCAACCCGGACGCCCUCUUGGCAGAUGAGAGCUUCCGAGUGGUCAUGCAGAAGAGAAUGUUCUUCCUCACUUCAGACGAAAGUGUCAAAAUGAAGGUUGCAAAUGAGGAAGUGGAGAUAGACCCUGGAUUCCGACUGUACCUGCACACGUCCCUGGAACCUCAGUACAUCCGGGCAGAACUGGCAGCCAUCACUACUGUGUUGAGACUGGACCAAAGCAGGGAUGACUUAAUGGAGCAGAUGCUGGAUAGAUUCCUGGCACUGGAGAAGCCACGUAUACAGAACGAGAGAAUAUCACUACAGAAGGACAAGUUGGCAUAUGGCGAGAAACUGGAGAAGUUGGAGAGUAAGUUGCUGAAGAGUCUUAGCAAAGGGAGUAAGGCUUGUGGGGCGGCCAACAGGACCAAGGCCCUACAGCUGCUCAGAAAACAGUACAGUGAAACCAAAGACAACAUGCGUCGCUCGGUGAAGAAGCUGAUAGACAUCAUCACCACCAGAGAGAGCUACAGGGAGGUGGCGGUGAGGGGGGCAGUGAUGUUCGAGGGGAGCCAUGCGAUGGCCAGGAUAGACAGCAGAUACAUGGUCUCCCACAAGUACCUCUUCUCCCUCUUCGAACACUGCAUCAAACAGGCCGACAACGACUUGCAGCAACAAUGUGCCACGGAAGCUGAUCGACAGGAACAGGGGUCUUCCAUUCGUAUUGUGAAUGAGAAGCUCACUGCUACCAUCUACCAGUGCACCAUCCGAUCCCUCGAGGACAAGGACAGAUUCCUUUACUCCCUCAUACUCGCAUUCCUCAUUGAGGAGAGCUAUGGGCGUGUCCAUGUGGGAGACAGGGAGUACACCAUCCACCCCUCCUUCGGCCAGGCCACCAUGCAGGCACUCAGGGCCCAGUUCCCCACUGCAGACAACAAGCCAGCUGUGGUGAGUGGGAAGAAGCCAUUCGACUGGAUGAAGGACGAAACAUGCAGCCACCUAGUGAUUCUGGCGACGCACUUCCCCUGGUUCACAGACGCUUACGAGCGGAUGCCACGGGACGGGCGGGAGACACAGUGGCGCACACUGUGUGAGAACGAAGUGCCAGAGAAGGCUGCUCUGCCGGACAAGUUGGAUGACUCAUUCACCCCCGUGCAGAGAUUCAUGGUAGUUAGGGGAGUGAGGGGCGAUAGGGUGCUGCAGGCGGCAGAACAGUUCACAAACCAGGUGUUGGGCAAAAAGAUAACAGACAUGUCUACGAGUGUGGACUACACCCAGAUCCACAAACACACAGACAACAGGACCCCCAUUGCCCUCUUCUACUCCAGGGAGCCAGAAGUGCCCCGGUUCUAUGUCGAAGACGCAGCUAAGAAGUUGGGCAUCAAGGUCACCUCUAUCUCGAUGAAUCUAAGCACUAAAGAGGAAUCCGAGCGAGUCAAAGAGAUUAUCCAGCAGGCCACCAUAGAUGGCGACUGGGUAUUUGUGGGGACUGCCCAGAUGAAUCAGCACUUCUUGUUCACUGUAAACUCCCUGUUGGACUCAGUGGAGAGGGUGCAAAGUCAGUUCCAGCUGUGGCUCUCCCUCAACUGGACAGAGACGGAGAAGGUUCCCAGACUAUUCAGACGCAAUGCCAUGAAGAUAUUCUGUGACCCACCUAAAACCCUUCGUGAACACAUGAUGUCGCUGCCGAUGUACCUGACAAAUGACAUCCUGAAGGUGGGAGGCAGAAGUGACUACCCUGCCGUGCUGCACAACAUAGCACUCAUCCACGGACUCAUCAACCUCAGGGCUCAGUACGGUGUGUCAGGAUGGGCACAACACGAACUCAUGAGCUGCACUGUGACUCAAAUGCAGCGAGGUAUGUGGCUGGCCAGUAGUAUGUUCAGGGAUGCCAUGCUUCUGGCGGCAGAUGGGGGUCCGAGUGACCUGAAGACCAUCUCAUGGCUGGCUGUCAGGGUACUACUCGCAGAGAAUGUGUAUGGCGCUCAUAUUACGAAUAACCAGGACAGAGAGAGACUGCAUGCUAUAUGUGAACAGUGGAUCGGCAACCUCCUCCUCAGGAAAGACCACGAGCACACCCUUGGAAAAAUGAAGUACAAAAUACCCUCGCCCUUCUUCUCGUCCAACCCCAAGAUAGGCACCAUCACCCUCGCCCUCAACAACUUCCUUUCCGGAGUGUCCAUCGAGGCCCCAGACCUGGCAGGCAUGAACGCAACCCUAGAUAUGUACAAGGGGGAGGAGCAGUACAUCCUGACUAAUCUGAACAGGGUGAUGGACUGCACUCCGGAGAACAAGUCCCUAGUGCAUGUGUUGGAACAGACUCCUGCACCAGCUGAGCACAGUGGCUCUCUUCUAGCUGUGAAUCAGCCAUGCGGUCAGUCGCACAUUCUGGAGCAGGGUGUGUUUGCUAGUGCUUCUAGGAGUCUCCUUCGAGCUAGAAGGGCAGCUGAGUUGUUUGAGAUGGUACACUCUGUUAUAAACAAACUUCCAAAGCCACCUAGUGACGAAGUGGUGCAGGAUCUGGUCAAGAGAAGAGGAGGAUACAGUGCAUUCAACUGCUUCGUCCUCAAGGAGAUGGAAUGUCUUUUCCGAAUUGUAGACACUGUCAAGGAACACCUCAAGCAAAUUCGUCGUCUUUACGAAGGCUGGUACUAUUUGCUGCAUUCGGACCCGGACGAAGACGGAGACAACAAAAUGUCACUCGGUGGGCACCACACGCCCAUCAGUCGUAACACGACACUCAACCUCGAAACAAUUCCGAACACAAAUAACAACUCGACAGCCAAUAAAAGCACACCUAGAGGCUCACAGAGUCCGGCAGUACCGCCGAGUUUGCCUCGUGGCUUUAAAAAUUUGGUCAAAAACGCAAUUGAGGAUCCCACCAAAGUCCUGGGAGACACUCUAAACGACACGAUUAAGAGUGUGGCUAUGGAUCUGCACAUGGGCAAGAUACCCAAGGUGUGGCUCAAGUUGGCCUCUGGGUGGGAGAGGGGUCCGGCCGAGGGCCAGUGGAGUUUGCCCCAGUGGAUUGGGGAUCUGUCUGCCAGAGCACAGCAGCUGGAGAGGAUGUUACAGCAGGGCCGUGAGAAGUGUCCGGCUUAUUGGCUGGGUGGGCUCUACAACCCACGUGGUCUUCUGGCCUGUCUGAAGCAGGAGCUGCUCAAGAACUACAGUGAGGCGGCAGGACAAGUAGAACAAUUGGUGUUCAGGACAGAAAUCACCGGCAGAGACAAAGACCACCUGCGUGAUCCCCCUCCGGAUGGCAUGUUCAUGCACAGUCUGUUCAUGUGGGGGUGCAGAUGGGAGAAGAGCAACAUGGAACUGAUGGACGAGCCAGCCUCCCCCAAGGGACACUGUCCCCUCCCAGUCGUACAUUUAGUGGCCACUCCCAGGGCAGACAAACCACCUCCUGAAGACAUAUACAGGUGCCCAGUGUACAUUAGCGAGAAUGAGCGGAAUCAGGAGCCCCUGUUCCAUAUCAACAUCAAGAGGGAAAAAGUGCCCGCCUCUCGAUGGGCUUUGAGGGGUCUGAGAUGCACGACUAAACCAUACUAGAAUCACCAGAAACCACAACACUAGAGCACAUUCCUGAACAAUGACAAAAAAAAUUUGAUGGCCAAUUCGAGGCUUACAUUGAAAAUAUUUAUCAAACAACAAAUUGAUCACUUAAUGGAUGAGAAUGCAACUGUAUAUAAAUGUAUAAUGUACAUAAAAUUGAGAAAUUGAAUUCUAAAUGUCACAAACA